UAAUAAAAUGAUAAUAAUGGACAAUAUAUAAUAAAUAUUAUAUGAAAAAAUAAAUUUUAUUUUAUAAAUUUUUUAAUUAUUUAUUUAAUUUACAACAAUAAUAUAAAUUUAAAAUGACUAUCGUAAAAACUUUAUGAAAUUUUUAUGCAAUAAUACAUUAUUUAUUUUGAUUUUCAAUUAUUAUUACUAUAAAUUGCAAUUAUUUAUUGAAUUUAUAUGUACAUGUUAAAUGCAACGUAGAAUAUAAUAAGUUUUAUUAGGAUUAUGGAUCAAGUAAUACGCCGGCAAUCAGCGCAUAUACAAAGGACAUUAAAUAAUAGUAAUAAAAGUGAUAGAAUUUUUUACGAUAAAAAAUGGGAAUGGGGAUUUUUAAGGAAACAAUGUUUCAAUUUAGAAUUGGAGCCGUUUUAUCAAACAUAUAUGCAAAGAUUACAAAGAAGUUACUUGUCAAUAUUUAUUGUUUUACAAUUUGUAGUUGGAGGUGCACAUUCAAUUGUAUUAGUGUCGGUAGUAGAUGAUAAAGAACGAAUAUUUCCCGAAAUUUUAAUAUAUGUUGGAGCAAUAUUAGCAGUAUGGGCAUCAUUAUUUAUAACAUUUAAAGAAGAUUAUAUUAGACGUAAACCAUCAGCAACUUAUAUUGCAUCAUUUGUGGCUGUAUUAGUAAUGGUUGUAGCAGAUUUAUUAAUACCAUUAUAUCAUUCAUUAGUUGAUUUUCCGAAACCAGAAUUACGUCCAGCAUAUGCUGGUUUUGUUUUAUAUGCAAUAUAUAUAUUUAUACCGUUAAGUGAAAAUUUACAUGCAUUAAUAUUUGGUUUGGCAACGACUGCUGUUUAUAUUUUAACAUUUGCUAUGAUCACAUACCGUUUAGAUGAUCAAUCAGAGAUUAUAACUAAGACUCUUACUGAUGGCCUAUUUUUAUUAUGUGUUAAUGCAUUUGGUAUGUAUUUUCGUUUAAUGAAAGAAAUUGCAAUACGUACAGCAUUUUUGGAUCGUAGAGAAUGUGUUGAAGAAAAUUUAUUAUUAAGAUAUGCAAGGGAUCAAGAAAAAAAUCUGCUAUUAAGCAUAAUACCAUCAAAUUUAGCAAAUGAUUUGGAAAGAGAUUUAAGAGAACGUAUUGAAUUAAUUAAAACAGAAAAUAUUGAAAGAGAUAAAGAAAAGGAUAAUAAUAAACUAUCAAGGCUAAGCAACAGAGACACUCGUAAAGUAUCAGUAAAACCACGUUUUUGGCGUCCAGAUACAGCGAAACUAUUUGUAAAUGAACAUCAUGAUGUUACAAUAUUAUAUGCUGAUGUUGUAAAUUAUACAUAUUUAACAACAACUUUAGAUGUAAAGAAUUUAGUUGAAACAUUACAUGAAUUAUUUGUAAAAUUUGAUCAAGCAUCUGAGGAAUACAAUUGUUUACGUAUAAAAUUUUUGGGAGAUUGUUAUUAUUGUGUGUCAGGUAUACCACAGAAAAAUGAUCAUCAUGCUAAAAGUUGUGUUGAUUUAGGCCUUCGAAUGAUUCGCGAUAUCAGAGAAGUUAGAACAAAUCGUAAUUUAGAUAUUGACAUGAGAAUUGGUGUACAUUCAGGUCAUUGUCUAUCAGGCGUAAUUGGUGCAUGUAAAUGGCAAUAUGAUGUUUGGUCAAAAGAUGUUGAUAUUGCAAAUCGUUUAGAAUCAACUGGAAAAGCAGGGAGAGUACAUGUUAGUAGACAGACAUUAGAAUUACUUGAAGGAUUUUAUCCAUAUGAAAUGGGUACUGAAGAAGCUAAAAAAGAUGAAGUGUUAAGAAGAAGUAAUAUUGAAACAUUUUUAAUUAAACAACCGAAAAAAUUUUAUAUUUCAGAUGAGCAUCCAAGACAAUCAGUUGGUGUUAGAAGAAAACUCGAAAGUCAUUCUAGAUCACCGAAACUUGAUGCAUCACCAAAUUUCAUGCAAAGUUCCAUUGAACAAUAUAAUCAAAUUUGGAUACAAGCUAAACUUGAGAUGAGCAGUGAAUUAGAUAAAAUGCCGAUUGGAAAAUUUCAUGUAAGUCGGCUAUGGUGUUUUGGAAAUCAAGGGCAUUUAACACGUGAUGAAAUUGAAGAAAGAAAAUUUCGAAAAAGUGUUUCAACAUUUUUUCUAUUAUUUAAAGAUUGGGCAUGGGAAAAACAAUUUCUAAAGGAGCCAGAUGUUAUGUUAAAGUACAGUUGUUUAGCUGGUAUUUUAACAUUUACUGGAAUAUUUAUAUUACAAAUAAUCAAUAAAUUAUCUUGUUUCUUUUGGAUACUUGAUGGUGUAUUAUUUUGUGUUUUAUUAUUAUUUUUACCAUUAACAUGGUAUAAAAAAUUAUGGAUUGUAUUUUCAAAAGCACCGGACGAUGAAACUGAUGAACCAUUAGAACCAAAAAAUAUAUUUUCAAAAUUUUUUUAUAAAAUUUCUGAUAAAUUAAUGCGAAAUUUUUUUGGUAGAUUUGUGAUUUAUUUAUUAACAGUAGGAAUACUAUGUGUUGUAUCGUUAAUACCAUUGAUACAUUGUCAAGAUGAUGACAUAAAAAAAGAUGAUGAUUUUUAUGAACGUCACCGAGUUUGCUUAAAUCCAUGGGCAAUUACAGAAAGUUUAAUUCUAACAUUAUGUAUGACAUUUUUAUUUCCCCGAAUACCAUAUUUAUUCAAAUUUUUAAUUGGUCUUAUUAUUGUAAUAUCAUACUGUUGGAUUAUAAUGUCAUUGUAUUAUAAUAUUUAUAAAGAAAGUUCAUCAACCAAUUUAGGAUUACCAGCUGAAAGUUCACAUUUAUUGAUAUUUGUAAUAAGUUUUAUUGUAUUUCAUUUAAUGGAUCGUCAAAAUGAAUAUAUAUCAAAAGUUGAUUACAAUUGGAAAAGGCAAUUACAAAAGAAACAAGAAGAUGCACAAGUAACAAAUGAAACAAUUAAUAUUUUAGUACAAAAUAUUUUACCAGCUCAUCUUGCUAAAAUUUAUUUAGCAAGAGAAAUGAAAGAUGAAUUAUAUUCGGAGGAAUAUGAAAAUGUUGCAAUUAUGUUUGCAACCAUACGUAAUAAAGAUAUUGAAAAAGUUGGAUUAAAUGUUUUAAAUGAAAUAAUAUGUGAUUUUGAUGAAAUUUUAACAAGUCAUAAUGGCCCAUUAAAAAUUGAAAAAAUUAAAAUUUCUGGUUGGACAUAUAUGGCGGCAUGUGGUUUAAAUCCAGGUCGUUGUGAAUCAAUAACAUCACAUUGUAAUAGACCAGUAAUAGCUGGUAGAACUUCAACAUUACUACCUAAUGGCAGAAGAUCUUUACAUUUAGGUGGUGGAUCAAAACGUUUAAGCUAUGAUUCUCCACAAGUACCAACCCAUAAACAUUUAACUGAAUCGAAAUCAAAUCGUGAACGUAAGGCUAGCUCUAAAAAUAUUCAAAAUCCUGUAUAUGUUAUGACAGAAUUUGCUGUUAAAUUAAUGAAAAAAUUACGUGAAUUUGAUGCAAAUGAAAGUUUUACAAAUGGAAAAUUAAGAAUUGGUAUAUCACAUGGUGAAAUAAUGGCUGGUGUUGUUGGUUCAAGUAAACCAUUAUAUGAUGUUUGGGGUAAUCCUGUUAAUAUGGCUUCAAGAAUGGAUACAACUGGAAUUGAUGGUAGAAUUCAGGUGACAGAAGAAACAGCAAAAGUUUUAAAAUCAUUUAAUAUAAAAUGUGAAUAUCGUGGUUAUACAUUUGUUAGAGGACGUGGUGAAAUACCAACAUAUUUUGUAUGUCAAGAUGAUGAUCUCAAUUUAAUACAAGAAAAUUUAAAUGAUAAUCUUAAGCCUGAAGGUUAUACAAUAGCAGAAGAUGUUAGUUUAAGUACAGUUGAAAGUACAGAAGAUUAUAAUUCUGGAAAAAAUGAUGUUACAAUUGUUAUUAAUGAUGAUACAAAACUUUAAUUUAUACAGUCAUUAAUAUUAAGAGUAUCAAUUUAUUUUUUAAGUAAAAAAAAAGAAUUAAUUAUUAAAAAAAGAAAAACAAUCGGAAAUCUCAAUGCAGAAAAAAAAACAAACAAUUUAAAAUUUUCAGAAUAGCUAUUAAAAUAUUUUUUAAUUAAAUAAAAUAAUAAUAAAUUAACUAAAUUAAAUGUAUAAUUAUUUAAAGAAAAAUACAAAUUAAAAAAAAAUUAAUGUACUAAUCAAAACA